AUGGCAACUGACACCCCCCUCCCUAAGAAAGUUUUGGUGUUCGGCGCAACUGGUUUGAUUGGAAAGUACAUCAUCCAGGAACUCUACAACGCGCGCUCGUCUUUUGAAAAGAUUGGGUUUUUCACAUCGAAGACCACGGUAGAAAAUAAGGCGGAUGAGGUUAACGAAUGGAAAGAAAAGGGUGUCGAGAUUAUUGUUGGAGAUGUGAAUUCCGAGGAUGAUGUGAACAAGGCUUACGAAGGCUAUGACACCGUCGUUAGCGCACUAGGCCGCAACGCGAUUUUAUCACAAGUUCCCCUCCUCAAAGUCGCCGAAUCAUCCCCUACCAUCAAAUACUUCUACCCCUCGGAAUAUGGCACCGACAUUGAAUAUGGGCCAUCUUCUGCGGCAGAAAAGCCUCACCAACUCAAACUUCAGGUGCGAAAGUAUAUUCGCGAACAUACUAAGAAACUGAAAGUUACGUACCUUGUCACCGGGCCAUACUCUGAUCUAUAUUUCGGCCCUGCGGGCGGAGAUGAGAGAGUGGGUAGUUUCAAUCUCAAGGAGAGGAAAGCAACACUCCUUGGCAAUGGAAGUGAACAAAUUAGUUUCACAACCAUGAAGGAUGUUGGACGUUUAUUCGUCGCUGCUCUCGAAACCCCAGCUACUGCGCAUGAGCGAAUUUUGAAGGUGAAUUCAUUCACUACCACAGGCAAGGAAGCACUUGCAGAAUUUGAGGAACAGACGGGUGCGAAAUGGGAGGUGAGUUACACAUCGCUGGAGGAGUUGAAGAGGUUGGAGGAAGAGGCAUGGGAGAAGGAUAGUCCUAUCAAGACGGUGUUCACCUUGCAUAGAAUUUGGUUAGAGGGAGGGACUUUAUACAAGGUCAGGAGUAAUGGAGAGAUUGGAUUUGAAGGGAAAGAGGAGAGGUUGAAAGAGCACGUGCAGGAGAUCAUUGCGAAACACGAUUGA